AUGUCCCAGAAUACCGGCAUGAUCGUCAAUGGGGGUGCUCCCAAGUCUCGCGCCGAGGAACUCAUGGCCAAACACGCCCAGGACGCCGCUCAUGGGCCGACGGUCGAGGAUGUCGUCGAUGAAGAGGACAUCCAGCAUCCUCCGCCUUCCAUGACCGCCAAGGCUCCAGCUCCCGCCGCUGCUGCUCCUGCUACUUCUACCACUACUACGGCUGCUGAACCAAAACCGGUGAAGAAACCUGCUCUCGAUGUGCAGUCUGAGGAAUCUUUCCCUGCUCUCGGAGGUGGACCAAAGGCCUCCCGUCCGUCUGCCGUCCCAAUGGCAUGGGGAAGCAGCAAACCCAAGGCCACAGCCGGCAGUGCUGCUCCCAACACUGCAGCUGCACCACCAAUCGCACCCGCGGCCAACGGCCGGCGUCCAGACAGCACGGCCAGCACGGCACCACGCACGCUCGUCAUACCGGGCAAGCAUGUCGACCAGUUCCGCUUCGACUCCUCACAGAUGAUCCCGCGUGCGGAGAUGAAGCGGCCCAUCUCUGAUAUCCUGCGGGACAUCAGCAGAAAGUCAAAAGUCAGACUGGAGGUCCGUGAGGGUGCGGGAGGAGUAUACAUCUUCGAAGGCGUAGGGAACGUCGAUGCCGUCCGCCAGGCCCUGAAGGAGGUUGCACAGCAGGUCGGAAGCAAGAAAUCCAUCAAGGUGCCCGUCCCCGCAUCUGCGAGACCACAUAUCAUCGGCCGUCAAGGUGCGGUGAUCCAAGGCAUCUUCGACCGCACGGGUGCCCGCAUCUCCGUUCCCAAACCUGACGACUCAGAACCGCUCAACGGCGAGGACGACGAAGACAACACAAUCGAGAUCGAGAUCGAAGGUGAUGCUCUAGCGGCAGAAAUGGCCCGUAGAGAGGUCGAGGCCCGCGUCAAGGAGCGUACGUCGAACAUCAAUCUCCGAGUCAAGACGGUGGCGCCGGAACUCUUCCCCUUCAUCGCGGGACCACACAACGAAUCCAUAAGCAAGCUCGAGGACCGUACCAAGACCCAGAUCAGGAUACCUCGAUACUACACCUGGGGCCACCGUCCCCCACCGCAGGAGCCCACCACCGCAACGGGGGCAAUUGCAUACACCCCCGAUCCCGACCAGCACAUCCUCAUCGUCGGCGAGAGGGUAGCGGCACAGGAGGCUCGCUCCCAGAUAGAGCGAAGAGCACAGGAGCUACAGCGCCAGAUUACCCUGCGCCAUCUCGCCAUCAAUCGCGGCCAGCACCAGUUCAUUCUCGGCGACAAGGGGGAUUCUCUGCACGACUUCCUUGCUUCGACAGGGUGUGCCAUCGUCCUCCCCCCACCCUCGGACGAUACCGAGUUCCUGACCGUUACGGGACCGGCAGAGCACAUCGACGCUGGCAUUAACCGCGCCAUGGACCUCGCUACGAGCAUGCAGAUGGCCAACAUCGACGUAUCCCGCCAGCACCCCAACGCACCAUGUGGCUCGGACGUGCAUGCCCGCGCCCUGACUGCUUACCUCCAGGAACGACGUGUGAUUGAACAUCUAGAAAAGAUGCAUGAUUCACAUAUCGUCCUGCCGCUGUCCACCGCCAAUACCAACGCCCCGAUAACAUGGGAAGUGUAUUCGCGGAACGGUAAAAACACAAUUCUCGCCCGCUCGGAUAUCAUGAACCUGAUCCAGGCCCUGCCUCCAUCCAAGCUUGCUACCGUGCCCAUCGACCCAUACCUGCAUGGAUACCUGCGAUCGCGUGGGGUCCCCAAGCUCAAGGAAGAGUAUGGCGUCCACCUGGUCGUUCCUGAAUGCGUCGGUGCAUCCGAUAGGCCAGUGGAGGUGGUUCUCGCCUACGAAGGUCCAGAGGAAGUGAACGCCCAAAGUCCGUGCCUUCGCCGACGUCCGUCAAGCGAGGAGGCUGCCGUAUUCCAGAAAGCCCUGCGUGAGGCCACGGAGUAUUUGAGGAGCGUCCUAGGUGACCCAAGCGACGUCACCGCCGAAUCGGUCCCCAUCCCAGUGAAAUACCACGACAAACUACGCCGCUUCGUCACCCAGGACCAGACAAGUCGGGGCGAAACCCAUAUCCCCGUCAGUCUCGCGCUCAACGACGGCAACGCCUCUUUCCGCGGCCGCAGCGCUGAUGUGUCCGACCUCAUAUCUAAACUCGCCACGUUUGUAGCCGACCAAGAGCGUGACGACCGCGAACGCAACCACGUAACCACCUUUGACUUCCCGCAAAAAUACGCCAACUUCCUGAUUGGCAAACGUGGUGAAAACAUCAACAAGCUCCGUGAAGAGUUCGAUGUAGACAUUAAAGUUGAAAACGGCAAGGUCGACAUCAAGGGACCACCGGCCAAGGGCGAAGCUGCAAAGGCACGUAUCAUCGCCUUGGCUAAGAAGUUAGAAGACGAAGCUACGUAUGUUCUUAAGAUCGCACCACAGUAUCACCGUGACUUGAUCGGCCAGAAGGGCAGCCAAGUCAACCGUCUGCAGGAGCGAUAUAACGUUCGCGUCCAGUUCCCUCGCGCCAACAACAAUGCCGUUUCAGACGACGUAUCCGUCGCCGAUGGGAGUGAAGCUGCCGGUCCUACCAACGGUAACGGCAACGGCAACGGCAACGCACGCUCUCGUCCCGCCCAGGCCGCUGAUGAGGUUAUUGUCCGCGGACCCAAGAAGGGAGCCGAUAGCACUCGCGACGAGAUCCUGUCUCUCUACCAAUGGCUCGUAGACCAUUCUCACUCUGCCGUCGUGUCCGUAGCGCGGGAUCAGAUACCAUCCCUCAUUGGCCAACGGGGUCGUGAGAUGGAUAAAUUCCGUGCCGAGACCGGUGCACAGAUUGAUAUCCCUGGUCCCGAGGCUGGUGAGGGCGACGCGAGGGUUGAGAUUCGAGUUAAGGGGACGAAGAAACAGGUCGAAGAUGCGAAGAAGCUGUUGUUGGCCAGAGCUAGGGAGUUUGAUGAGACUAUCACUCGUACCGUUGAGGUGGAUAAGAAGCAUCACAAGGCUCUCAUUGGAGGUGGUGGUGCCAAUAUCCGCAAACUGAUCGUCGAAUGCGGUGGUCCAGAUGACAGCACUGCAUCCCGCAUCGUCAAGUUCCCCCGUGCGGAAAGCGAAGAAACAACCAUCAAACUUGAAGGUAAGGAAGUGGUGGUAACGAACCUCAUCAACGCAAUUGAGGAGUUCGUUCGCCAGAAGGAAGACCAGGUCACCGCCUCGCUCGAUGUCCCUCAGGCGCAACACCGUCUCCUCAUCGGCCGUGGAGGCGAUACCCGCCGCCAGCUCGAGGCACAAUUCAACGUCAUCCUAGACGUACCGAAGCAAGGAUCGACCCGUACCGACGUCAAGAUCAAGGGGCCCUCUGCAUCUGUCGAAGAGGCAAAGACACACAUCCAAUCCAUGCUCAAGGAUCAGCAGGGUGAGACUGUCGAGGUGCCCCGACACCUGCACCAUAUCAUCUCCGACAACGGUGCAUUCUUCCGCCAACUCCGCAACAACCACCAGGUCACCGUCGACCACGCAGGUCACAAAAUACCUACACGUCCUAGUCCCGCGGCCUCUGAGUCCCGCAACGACUCAGGCUCCCUCCCUCUCAUCACCGACUCCGCCGACACCCCCAUCGACACUUUCUCCUGGAAGAUCGUCGAGCCCAACACCACCGCCCCUUCAGACUCUACAACCGAACCCACCACUAUUCCAUGGGUUCUCUCCGGCUCCCCUGAGGCAGUCACCAAGGCAAAGUCCCUACUUAACGCCGCUAUCCAGUCCGCCUCUCAACCAAGUUGCACAGGCUACUUGAUCCUCCCUGACCCCAAGACGUACCGUUUCGUCGUAGGAACGGGCGGAAGCCAGAUCAAUGCUAUCCGCGCGCGUACCGGAUGCAGAAUCAACGUUCCAAAGGGCCAGUCGAGCAGCGAGGCGAUUGAAAUUAAGGGCUCCAAGGAUAACUUGGAAGUUGCCAAGGAGAUGAUCCUCGAAGCCGUCAAGGCUGGUUCGGCCGGCGGUGGUUCCAGAAGAGCAUAA